AUGUGUAAGAAGCGCGGUCGACAGACGUAUACGCGUCAUCAAACUUUGGAAUUGGAAAAGGAAUUCCAUUAUAAUAAAUAUUUGACAAGAAGGCGACGAAUUGAGCUCAAUCGAACACUUGGCCUGUCCGAACGUCAAAUCAAGAUAUGGUUCCAAAAUCGUCGGAUGAAAAUGAAAAAAGAAAAUAAAGGAUGCGAUAGUACAACGAAUGAUUCAGCAUCAAGCAGUUCAUAA